UCAGCUCCAGAGCUCCAUCAUGGUUCGAUUUCUCGGUGAGCGGCACAGUUCGCAGUUAGCUUUUUGCCAGUUCAAAUGCUGCCGGCGGUCGGAAGAGUUGAAAGCUGAUCGAGCGCACCGUCCGCGGGUUUUCCUUUCGAGCACGUUGUCUGUCUCGGCGUCUUCGCGAUUCGCAACUAUCAGUGCUCAAGUCCAUGUUUACUCCACUUCUCCGGAAGAUGAGAAUUUGUUGAAAGCAGACAGCACCGCAAGAACUUCCUCCAUUUAUCAUCCUCGAAUAUAUCACAAAUAAUCAUAAAAAAAACAAUAAACAAUGGCCGUGGAUUAUGUGCUGGAGGACCUCAUGGGAAAACUGGGGGAAUUUGGCAAGUACCAAUUCCUGCAAUUUUUCCUGCAGGUACUCUCCGGCCUCACCGCUGGCAUGCACAUGCUCUCGCUGGUCACCGUGGCUGCCGUCCCGGAGCACCGCUGUUUCAUUGAGAAUGUGGACAACAGCAGUCUAUCGAUGACGCCAUGGAACUCGAGUGCUAUACUGGCUGCCAUACCGUUGAAACCCAACGGAGAGCUCGACUCCUGCCACAUGUUCGAUCCAAGUGCACCGGGCACCAAUGCAACGGUGGCAUGCACAAGUUACGUAUACGACACGACGUACUACAAAACCUCACGCACCAUCGACUGGAACUUUGUGUGCGAACGCCGUUGGAUGGGGGCCAUUGUCCAGACCGUGUUCAUGCUGGGCGUGUUCACGGGUGCCGUCACCCUUGGCGGACUGGCCGAUAAAGUGGGUCGCAAAACGGUGUUCUGCUGGUCGGCUCUCAUCCAGCUGAUCAUCGGCGUGGGAGUGGCCUUCAUUCCGGAGUAUUUCUCAUUUAUGGUGGCACGCUACCUGCUGGGUAUUGUGGGAUCUGCGGGUGCCUAUAUCUGCGGUUUUGUGCUGACCAUGGAGCUGGUGGGACCCAGCAAGAGGACUGUGUGCGGCAUUACCUUCCAGGCUGUCUUUGCUGGUGGCAUUAUGCUGGUGGCCGGCUGGGGAGCCAUCAUCCAUGAUCGGCAGCUGCUUCAGGUGAUCUAUGGACUGCACGGCUGCCUGUUCCUGGGCCACUGGUGGUGGCUCGACGAAUCUCCACGCUGGCUGUGGAUGCAGGGUCGUGCCGCCGAGGCAGUGGACAUUGUGGCAAAGGGCUUGAGGAUCAAUGGCUCAGGCAUACCGGUGGACAAGGAGUACUAUGUGCAGAAGGCCAAACAGCAGGCAGCGACGCAGGAGAAGAGCAGCGCCGGACUGAGUGAUCUCUUCCGAACCCCCAAUCUCCGGAUGAAGACCCUGAACGUGUGCCUCUGCUGGUUUGCCAACUCCCUGGUUUACUAUGGUCUCUCGCUGAGUUCCGGCAAGCUGCACGGCAAUCCCUACCUGAUCCUGUUCAUCAUGGGCCUGGUGGAGUUCCCCAGCUACAUAACCAUUGUGUUUGUGCUGGAUCGCCUGGGUCGUCGUUCGAUCACCUCCACCCUGAUGCUGGGUGGCGGUCUGUGCUGCAUUGUGGCCGCCUUCAUUGCCCAAGGAAGCAGCACCUCCACGGCAGUGGUGAUGGCGGGCAAGCUCCUCAUUGCCGGAUCCUUUGCUGUGAUCUACAAUUACUCGGCGGAGCUGUUUCCCACCGUGGUCCGGAAUUCGGCCAUGGGUCUGGGCUCCAUGUGUGCCCGUCUGUCCGGAGCCCUUACGCCCCUCAUCUCGCUGCUGGACUCAUUCGAUCCCAAGAUUCCCGCCGUGCUCUUUGGCAUGGUGGCUCUGCUGUCAGGCUUCUGGGUGAUGUUCCUGCCGGAGACUAUGAAUCAGCCCAUGCCUGAGUCCAUUGAGGAUGGUGAGAACUUUGGCAAGGGUGACACUUGGUUCAGUCAGUGCGCCGGUCGCAAGCAGCGCCAGAAUAGUGUCUAUCCCGAUGAUCCCGAGCAGAUGGUGCCUCUCAAGAACAUCGAGAGGAAGUGAAGCUCGAAAAACCAAAGACGAUUGAUUGUCCCAAGUUCGAAAAGAACCAGUUCAAAUUCCUUGUUAUUCGCCUGUUUUUCUUUGUUGUUAAGAAUUCUUCUAUUGCUAUUGUACUCUUCUGCCUAGUUAGUGUAAGCUUUAAGAUUUGAUAUCAUCCAUUCCAUCUUGUUUUUGUGAAUAAAAAAGCCGCAGUGUUGGCCAGUUCUCUAA